AUAUUUAUCAUGACCGAGCCGAAGAAGGAGAUUAUAGAGGACGAAAAUCAUGGAAUAUCCAAGAAAAUACCAACAGAUCCCAGGCAAUACGAGAAAGUUACAGAGGGAUGCCGGUUAUUGGUCAUGAUGGCUUCACAAGAAGAAGAAAGAUGGGCCGAAGUUAUUUCAAGAUGCCGAGCUGCAAAUGGUUCAAUUAAAUUCUAUGUCCAUUAUAUCGAUUGCAACCGAAGACUUGACGAAUGGGUUCAGUCUGAUAGGCUCAAUUUAGCGUCGUGUGAGCUACCAAAAAAAGGAGGAAAGAAAGGAGCACACUUGCGGGAAGAAAAUCGAGAUUCGAAUGAAAAUGAAGGAAAGAAAAGCGGCCGAAAACGAAAGAUUCCACUACUUCCGAUGGAUGAUCUCAAGGCGGAAUCCGUAGAUCCAUUACAAGCAAUUUCAACGAUGACCAGCGGAUCUACUCCAAGUCUUCGAGGUUCCAUGUCGAUGGUCGGCCAUAGUGAAGAUGCAAUGACAAGGAUCCGAAAUGUCGAAUGCAUUGAACUAGGAAGAUCACGAAUUCAGCCAUGGUACUUUGCACCUUAUCCACAACAAUUGACAAGUUUGGAUUGUAUUUAUAUUUGCGAAUUUUGUCUGAAAUAUCUAAAGUCGAAAACUUGUCUGAAACGGCACAUGGAAAAAUGUGCAAUGUGUCACCCACCUGGCAAUCAAAUCUACAGUCACGAUAAACUUUCAUUUUUUGAAAUCGACGGCCGCAAAAACAAAAGCUAUGCUCAGAAUCUAUGCCUGCUUGCCAAACUUUUUCUGGAUCACAAGACUCUUUACUAUGACACGGAUCCAUUUUUGUUCUAUGUGCUAACCGAAGAAGACGAGAAGGGUCAUCAUAUAGUUGGAUACUUUUCAAAAGAAAAAGAAUCAGCUGAAGAAUAUAAUGUUGCGUGUAUUCUUGUGUUACCUCCAUUUCAAAAGAAAGGAUACGGAAGUUUGCUCAUCGAAUUCAGCUAUGAACUCUCGAAAAUUGAACAGAAGACAGGAUCACCCGAAAAACCACUAUCAGAUUUGGGACUUCUCUCAUAUCGAUCGUACUGGUCAAUGGCCAUCAUGAAAGAGCUUUUCGCAUUCAAAAGACGACAUCCAGGCGAAGAUAUCACAGUUCAGGACAUUUCACAAAGUACAUCGAUUAAACGAGAAGAUGUUGUGUCAACGUUACAGCAACUUGAUCUAUACAAAUACUAUAAGGGAUCAUACAUAAUUGUGAUUAGUGAUGAAAAGCGUCAAGUUUAUGAGAAACGGAUUGAGGCUGCGAAAAAGAAGACACGAAUUAAUCCAGCAGCUCUGCAAUGGCGACCCAAAGAGUACGGAAAGAAAAGAGCGCAGAUCAUGUUCUAGCAACAACGACAUGUGUUCUCGCCACGACGAUCUCAACCUGUACAUUAAAAUAUAACACUCCGUUUUAUCUCGCAUCUACACACCGAAAAGCUUACGCUAUCCCUUUAUCAUUCCCACACCGCUCAGAGAGCGUACGCCUCAUUUCAUUUCAUUUGUUCUGUGUAAUAAUUUGACUUAUUAGUCACUUAUUUUUUUAAUGAAAUUAUUCUUGAA